CAGUGAUAAGACGCAUCAAGUGUGUGUUGUCUUGCAAGUCCCGUGUGCGUGCAGUAUCAAGCAUUUUACCAUUGCUGUUGGCCACUGGCUAGGUAGUCUGAUCGAAUUAGUUCGCUAAAAAGCACCUACUUACGAUUGGCGAACGAUUUUUGCUGGACAAUCUUAAAAUGGCACAGGGAAAGAAGGACAAACCAUCGUUUCUUUAAAAACUUACCUGGCACUGUACAACUCAGCGCAAUUUGCAGGCUGGACGUACAUUUUCGUGCAGUUUAUGCAGCACUUUUUCGUGCACGGCCAUCCGAUGGAUACACUAUGGAGCCGUGUAGGGCCGGCGACCUUCUUUUUUCAAAUGCUGGCCAUACUCGAAGUGGUGCAUGCGAUGCUCGGUAUCGUGCCGAGCAACGUGUCGAUAACGUUCCUGCAAGUGUUCGGACGCAGCAUGAUCGUAGCGGCUGCGAUUGAAGGCACUCCGACUGGUCAGAAAUCGCCCGGAGUACCUUUAGCAGUGUUUUGCUGGAGUGUGACCGAAAUCUUCCGGUACAGCUAUUACGUGGUUCAUCUGCUGCUCCCAAGUGUGCCUUCGUUGCUCGUCUGGGCUCGGUACACGAUUUUUAUCCCGAUGUAUCCGUGCGGAUUUUUGGGCGAGCUGCUGUGUAGCUACUGGGCCCAGAGCUACAUCCGUGACACCGGCAAAUGGAGCGUCGAGUUGCCGAAUCGGUAUAAUUUUAGCUUUUCGUUUUACUACUUUAUGUGGAUUAUGGCCAUGUGCUAUAUGCCGCUUUUCCCGCAAAUGUACUUGCACAUGUUUGCCCAGAGGCGUAAGGUGCUAGGCCGUGGAACCGACCAACAAAAAGCGACAAAAGCACACUAAACCAUGACAUGUUUGUUUAAAAAUUGUAUACGUUCACAAAAGGCAGUAACAUUCACGUAGUUAUGGUUAGUACGAUUUUUUAUUGUUCGUUCAACGACCCACGCCCAAAAUUACACACGUGCCUAAGGUUUUUUUUUACAAUCACCGCAAAUUGGAAUGAAAUAAUAGAAAAUAAACCUUAAAUAAUAAACGAAUAUUUCGUUUACACCGAAA